AUGUCCACAAGUACCUUGAAGCGGAAAAGAACAAACACCGCCACCUCGCCUGACCUUUUACGGAGCGUCCGAAGAAGCCGAACUAUCUCAAAUUCCCCAACGGUUACCGUCGAACAUGAGCAAGCACAGAUAGAUGAGGCGCAAGAAACGAGGUUUGAUCCCUUUGCCUCACUUCUUGAGGAUAUCUCUCGUUCUCGCAAACUUUGGGCAACCUCCAUGUUUCCGCCGUGUCCUUAUCAAUUUCCUCCAACACCUUUUGCAACCGACCCGCUCAUCAUUGAUGAGGGAGCGUUAGUCGAGGACAUUGGGACGGGUGACAUAGUGGUCGGCCCACACACUUUCAUUGAUACAAAGUUUUACCGCAUCACACCUCCUGAAAAAGAUGUCAAGGAAGGCGAGGACAGAGGGGAAGAUCAUGCCGAAAGAAUAGAGACAUUUCUAGUUGACAUGACGAAAGACAUCCCCAUUAUGGAGCAUAGCGUCGAUACUGCGAUCUCAAAACUUGGCAAUACUGUAGUCGAAGGGUCUACUAUUUCCACAACCUCUCAUACAAACGGGAUUGUGAAUCUAUCGAGCAACGGAGAAGCUUCAGCAUCAGUACCAUCCGGGAGCCAGACUAGCUCCGGAGAUGCCGAUGUCAACAGAUGGUCACUGGUUGCCAAAAAGGAGGCCACACAGCCGGGCGAAAAAAUGGGGCCAGUGAUAGAACCCGAUACUACCACAAUGGUCAAAACUGAAACGAUUGGAGGUUUGCCAGAAACAGCGAAGAUAGGGCUGGCGGAAAAUAAAGAUGAGACUCCACCCCCUGUAUCGGUAGUUCCUAUGACAACUUCUGCACACCAGAUGGUAACUGCAACCGAAAUUGCACCAACGCCACGGGUGUCGGUACCGGCAAUCAACGGCAACGCGCAGAUCACCGUAACGGCACCAGAUUUGUUUGCAAAAUCUCCUCAGAUGAGCGUAACAAGCGCCUCAAAUGAAAUCAGGCCAACAAUACAUCCACCGAGUGGACUUCCCAAGCCUACUACAGCAGCCGAUAUACUCCGAACCGUCAACAGGACUGGCUCCGCAAGUCAAACUAGCACUACUCAGUCACUCUACGCGAAUCCCUAUUUCAGUUUUCCUUAUCCCUUUUGGAGUAGCAGCACGGAUACCACGAGUAGCAGCGCUACUGCCAGUUCACCAACUGGGAGCACCCCCAAACCGCAUUCUCAAUCAUUCAUUACCACAUCAAGCGUGAGAGACUUGCAAAAUACGUCGUCAACAUCUGGCCCACCUACCGAAUGGACGCUGCAGCAUUGGUCACAGAUGAACAGCUUCCUCCAUAUGGUAAGGGAGAAACGCAAAGGGGACGCCAUCCCUGUCCUACCUGGCAUAGCAUCUGGAACGAGUAUUCAAUCUGCUAGAGGCGGGAAUCAAAGCGGCGAAACAUCUACUGCCAUGUCUAGCAAACCAGACGUUGGCAGCGCGAACCAUGAUGGCAAACCUGGAGAAAUCAGCCAAACGUUGAACGCACCUCCGGGGAACAGCUCCGCAGCCACGCAUCCUGCAGGCGCGCCUACAUCGUGGCAAGGGACAUCGGCAACUACACCCUCGUCCUCGAUAUUGGCCACCAAUCAACGAUCGACAGCGCCAAGCGGUCCAGUUCAAAUGGAUCUGCCUCGUGUUGGAAACCACAGGUAUAAAUUUGAAUGGAACGGGCCGGGUACUCCCCCAACAGAGAUGUUGCAGCAUUAUCUUCAGAACGUCGCGCAGAGAGCUCAGAAUGAGGAAAAAGGCGACCCAUCUGCUAAAAGGCAGAAAACCGCCCACGGAGGCUCUGCUUCUAGUCUAACCGUUCCGCAGGGAAGCUCUACCGAUUUCAAUGUACGGUUGGUGAUGUCCACCUCGGGAAAUCUUUCUGUCGCGCUCAACGCCGAUCGUGGUUUUGAUAAGGCCACCAGUAUCCAAAGGAUUCAACAACAAGCCGCGGAAAAGAUGAAAGCAAAACGACCAAAAAAACUGAAUGACGUUGGGACUGAGGGCAUGUUUCCUAAAGAGCAUGGCGGGAUUCGUAUCGGUGAGAAAGAUUCAAUCACUGGUGAAAUAGGCAAAGCCAAAAGGCACCGGCCGCGGCGUCGAGUACGUCCUUUAGUUAUAUUCGAGUUUGUGGAGAACCCUGGUGUGCGAUUUCUGUUACCCGCCGAUGGAAUGGCAGAAGUCGUCGCGACAACGAAGUUGUCUGAGACAGAGGAAGUCCACGAGCUCAGCAUAGCAUUUUAUCUACCGCCAUAUCGAGGUGGAAGAAAGCAACCCCAGCAGGGGGUUGUGAUUGGGGUUCAGAACACUUCAUUACGACUGGCUGACUGCAUAAAAGAGGCGAUGUACGAAAAGGCGCAAGCUGUGAGGAAGCUGCAGAAUAAGAUGACCCACUUAGCCCUUCCGGGAUUGACUCCAGUACAUUAUAAAGAUAUCCAGAAAGGUAAAGAGUUAGCUACUUCCAUAUACGGGCCUAUCGUCGAUGCUCCGAAGAAGAAACCGGCGGCACCAAGGCGCCGCAGUGAAGCUGCCAGUAAAACUGCGGAAAGAGCACCAGCCAAGAAGCCUCAACAGGAAGAUGGGCGACUAGAAAUCGAAAACCAGCCAGAGAUCCCGAAUGCAAAGUCUAGCACCCUAAAGGAAGAGCAUGUCGAUGUGGAACACUCUGGAGAGCUGAAUGAUGUUGCAGUCAACACCCACAUGGACAUUACUCACUUGCCUUUGAAAGCCGUUGAAGAUACAACCAUGGAUGGGAACCAGUCCUUGCAGGCAAGGCGACCUACUUGGAUGGCUACAAUGCAUGAGUCCGAAGCUAAGCAAGUGGAGGAGGACGAGAUAGGUGUACGCGGGCCUGAUGCAGUUUUCACGGUUGAUCAAGAGUCGUCAGGACAUACGAAGCCGUCCGUGACUUCGACGUUGAACACGGAGAAGGAACUGUCCGUAGGUGGCGUCCUGACGUCGGCCUCUGCGGCCUUGACCUCCCACCUUGCAUCCCUGGACACCGCUGAGGGGACCAAUGUGUGGCGGGAGAUUGCCGCUAGCGCCCCGAACACUCGAGCACCGAGCAGAAGCCCCAGUUCGCCUGGCUCGACUCCUGUUAGCAGAGCGCGAACACCCUCUAGCGGACCCGUUCAUCUUACUGAUCCAUCAACCCGCCUAUCUGCCCGUAUCGCCACGCGACUCCAAUCAGGACCAUACACAGACCUCAAGCACACCACAUCCCCUUCCAAGCGAACGCCAACUUCCUCUCUACAGACUCCAAAGCCCAUGGCUGGACGUGCUCGGAAGGUUGUAUCUCACUCAGCACCUGCAACCCCAGCUCCAUCUUCACAUCCAACCGGGGGCGCAUUUCGUCGCCACGCAGAAACAGAUCACAAGCGACGUUGCUUACGUUGCGAUAGCGAUGUCACCCCAAUGUGGAGACGAGGACCGGACGGCCCAAAGACACUGUGUAAUGCCUGCGGUGUUAAAUUUAUGCUUGGCAAGUUGUCAAAGAACGAGCAAGGAGAUUGGGUUGAAGGGAAGCGAAGGCCUCGCGAGUAA